AUGCUCGCCCACUUCCUCCUCGCCGCGGCUCUGGCGCCGGCCGCGCUCGCCGGACCCGUCAAGGCCCGCCAAGUAGCUUCCUACGACGGAAACCCGCUCGCCGACAGGCAGCUGUUUCCCAACCCUUACUACGCCGAUGAGAUCAAGAACCUCGCCAUCCCCAAGAUGACCGGCGACCUCGCCACGAAGGCGGCCAAGGUCGCCGAGGUCCCCUCCUUUGCCUGGCUCGAUACUCGCGAGAAGAUCAGCUUGAUGAACAGCACUCUUGCUGAGAUCCGCAAGCUGAACCAGGGCGGCGCGAACCCUCCUUACGCCGGUACCUACGUCGUUUACAACUUCCCUGACCGUGACUGCUCGGCCAAGGCUUCCGCCGGAGAGCUUGCCAUUGCUGAUGGCGGUCUUGACAAGUACAAGACGGAGUACAUUGACCCUAUCGCCGCGCUCGCUAAGGAGUACUCCGACACCCGUAUUGUGUUUGUUUACGAACCCGACGGACUGGCCAACCUCAUCACCAACAUGGGCGUGCAAAAGUGCUCCCAGGCAGCGGACACCUACAAGGCCGCCACCGACUACGCCUUCAAGACGCUCAAUCUCGACAACGUCGCCAUUUACGUCGACGCAGGCCACGCCGGCUGGCUCGGCUGGGAAGCCAACCUCCAACCCACCGCGACCCUCUAUGCCGACGUAUACAAGAAGGCCGGCUCCCCCAAGGCGGUCCGCGGCCUUGUGACCAACGUCUCCAACUUCAACGGCUGGAACCUGACGUCCGCGCCCUCGUACACGACGCCCAACAACAACUACGACGAGAGCAAGUUCCACGCGGCGCUCACGCCGAUGCUCAAGACGGCCGGGUACCCCGCCAACUACCUCGUCGACCAGGGCCGCAGCGGCAAGCAGCCCACGGGUCAGCAGAUCUGGGGCGACUGGUGCAACGUCAAGGACGCGGGCUUCGGGGCGCGGCCGACAGUGAAGACGGGUAUUGACACGCUGGAUGCGAUUGUGUGGGUCAAGCCUGGCGGCGAGAGUGACGGCACGAGUAACUCUUCGGCGACGCGUUACGAUGAGAAGUGUAGCUCGGGAUCUUCGUUUACUCCUGCGCCAGAGGCUGGUACUUGGUUCCAGGAGUACUUUGAGAUGUUGAUCAAGAACGCCGAUCCUGCCUUCUAA